UUACUCUCUGUCUCUCUCUCUAUAUCUCUCUCUCUCUCUCACACUAACUCCAUUUUCUCAGGCUCCAUCAACUCUCCAGCUCUAGAACAAAACUAUCAAACUAUAUCCCCGCAACAAUGAGGCCUCAGAAACCAGCAUGGUUGGAUGCCCUAUACGCGCAAAAAUUCUUCUUCCCUUGCUCGAUUCACGACAGCGCCAAGAAGAACGAGAAGAACAUAUGUUGUCUUGAUUGCUGCAGCAGUGUCUGCCCUCAUUGCGUCGUCUCCCAUAGAUCUCAUCGCCUUCUUCAGAUUCGCCGCUAUGUUUAUCACGAGGUUGUCCGAUUGGAGGACCUUGACAAGCUCAUUGAUUGCUCCAACAUUCAGGCGUACACGAUAAAUGCUGCAAAAGUGGUGUUCAUCAAGAAGAGACCACAAAAUCGACAGUUCAAAGGGUCUGGGAAUUAUUGCACUUCUUGUGACAGGAGCCUCCAAGAACCUUUCAUCCACUGUUCCCUAAGUUGCAAGGUUGACUUUGUGCUUAAACACUACAAGGAUCUUUCACCAUUCUUAAGAGUAUGCACAACACUCCAACUAAGUCCAGAUUUCUUCAUCCCACAAGACAUGGGGGACGACGAUACGACGAACGAAACCCCACAUUCGACGAUCGUGGACAGCAGCGACGGGCCCAUGAGCUCGUCGUCUGGCUCGUCGGGAUCGCACAACGUAAGCUUUUCGUGCACGGAAUUCGUGAGGAAGAAGAGAAGUGAAAUGUAUGUUUGUGGGAGACUGGCAAGCAAGGUAAGUGAAGAGGACAUGGCUAUGAGUAUGAGUUUGAGUAAUAGAAGAAAAAGAGUGCCUCAAAGAUCACCUUUGUGUUAGGGCAAAAAAGAAAAAGAAAAAAGAACAAACCCUAAAAACCAUAAAACCCAAAAAAAAUUAAGGGGAAAUAGAGAAAUAAUAAUUAUUUUAUUAUUAAUAAUUGAUUUUAUCAAGAUUAUGUUGAGGGAAAAAAAUAUCAAAAGAGAUAUGAGAAAGAAAAAAAAUUAAGAAAAAAGGGUUUGAUCAUUGUAGCUAGAGGCAUUUCUUGUUAAUUAUUAUUAUUAUUAUUAUUAUUGUUAAAACACUUGAUGAUGUGUUUUUAUUUAUUUAUUUUUGUCUUAAUGGCAUCACGUGUUUUCCAUUCCCAAGUAAAGGGUUGUGUACAUUUUCUUGAUUUAUUUAGAUUAAUUAAUUAAUUUGAAUUAACAUUUAAUUUGAUUUAAUUAAUCUAAUUCUUAUAUAUGUUGUUGUCUCGUGCCUCGGACAAACCAAAAAUUCAGACAAGGUGGUGAGGGAAUAAAUAAAAUUAGCUAUAGACAAUCUCUAGUUUU